AAGAACUCAAAAAGCACUUGCCCUGUAACAGAAAUGUUACCGGAAAGAAAGAGUCUCGAUGCGGGACAUUGGACUCGGGAAUUACUACCAGGCCUUUCCACAAAAACUGACCGAACUCCCCUACUCUGCG